AUAAUGCGGAAAAAAAAAAAAAAAAAUUCGAAUAGUUUGAAACUAUGAGUUAUUUUUAGAAGGAAUAUUCAAAUGUCAUUUUUGAGCAAUUUUGACAGCCCUACUGGGAACAUGUGGGCCAUCAGAAGAACCCCCAGAGCCAAGGCAAAGACCCGCUCCUCCCGUGCUGGGCUCCAGUUACCAGUCGGCCGUGUUCACAGGCUGCUGCGCGAAGGAAACUAUGCCAGCGCCCCCGUCUAUCUGGUGGCUGUGCUGGAGUAUCUGACAGCUGAGAUCCCGGAGUUGGCUGGAAACGCUGCCCGCGACAACAAGAAGACCCUUAUCGUCCCCCGUCACCUGCAGCUGGCUGUCCGCAACGACGAGGAGCUCAACAAGCUGCUGGGCGGAGUCACCAUCGUGAAGUUAAGAAACGGCUCUAUUACAUUAUAACGGGUCUGUAUUAGCCUACACAUUUAAACAACUGGUGUGAUGAUGCGUUGCACUGACAGGAGAUGCCUGGUACGUGCUGUCGCUCAUGAACAGUCCAACAAAUAUUAGCCUACCAUUUUAAAGUAGAGCGCGAAAAUAGGACGACGCCUGUUUUAUUAUGAUGAUGAUGAUUAUUAUUAUUACCGUGGUAAUACCGGUUACCGUGGUAUUUUUGCCCACGGUUAUCAUACCGUCAAAAUCUCAUACCGGCACAUGCCUAACUACUUGUUUAUCAAUUACUCUCCCUGUGUUGCAUUGAA